AUGCCCAGUGAGGAAGACAUCCUAUCGCUAUGCUUCGAGGCUAAGCCGACUUGCGUGGCGAACUCUGCCGACAAAGUCGCCAACGUGAAGGAACAAGAUGCCCAAGAUACCCGAACUACGUUUUCGUGCAGUCCAGCAGACGUACUAGGUGUGGGAGCUUCCUGUCUGGUUCUGGGCGCAGCCUGUCAGAUUGGUGGAGCCAAGACUGAGAACCUGGCGGCGAAGUUUCUGGUUAGUGCAGGUGCUGCUGGCACACUCUGUGAGACUCAUGAAGCAAAGAUGCUGCUUGCAGCUUCGGGCAGCCCGUACAUCAUCAAGUAUCGCGGACUCUUUGAAAUGGACCUGGAACAAUCUGUCAAAGUCCGUGGCUUUUUCACUUCGGUUGUGAAGCAGCACAAGAAGAAGACGAAGGUUGAUGAGAUCCAGAGCUGCUUCUUUCUGCUGACAGACAGAUGUGACAGCAGCCUCAACAGCCUCGUGAAGGACACCCAGCUCAAGGAGUCCGAAGCUAGCUUUGCCAUCCAUUGUGUGUUACGUGGGCUCGAACACCUGCAUGCGCUUGGAAUCGUUCACCGGGAUGUGAAGGAUGCCAACAUCAUGGUUCAAGAUGGUGGCCGCCGGGUGGUUUUGGCUGAUUUCGAUCUGGCAACAUUUCUGUCAGAAGGCGCUCAAACUACAGAUUGGGCUUGUGGCACGUUGGGAUUUCUGGCUCCAGAGAUCUACCAGGAGCGUAGGGGCGGCACUGGCGCAGAUGUUUUCGCCUUAGGCGUCGUGCUUUACUACCUUUUGACCCAGAGCUACCCCUUCCUGGGAGAUACGCGUUUCGAGACGGAGCUUGCGACAAAACUCUUCAGGCUUCCGGUUGAUCGCCCUCUGCUGCGGAUGUUUCGCAGCGAGGAUGCCUGCGACCUUGUGUUCUGGCUUCUGGAGCCUUCGCCUGCCAAACGGGCCACAGCCCGAGAUGCCUUGGAGAGCGAGUGGUUCUGCUUUCAGGAACCGGAGGGUCUUAGCCGGCUUGUUGGCGCAGAAUCGGCGGCUUCUCCACUUCUGCAGAAGUCAGAUCCUGAUUCUGCCACGCGCCUUGCACGCAGCGAUGAGGAGUGCGAGCUUGCCCGGUUACCCGAAGUCACGGCCCGAUCCUCGCAUCCAUGCCGCCCUACAGCGAAGCCUUCGACGCCUACAAAGGCGAAGAAGCAAGCCUUCCUUGAUCCGAAGAAUUUGCCAACAAGGACGCGGCGGUCGUCCUUCAAGCCUUUGGAAACCCUGGGUUCCUCAGCUCGCCAAGCUUUGGCGGUGGCUUCCAGCGCGCUGGCUUCACUCGCCAUUGGCAGGUUGCCUCAGCAAGCAAGGCUAGCAUGA